AUGUUGGUCGGCGUGUCCACCCUGGCCGGCAUCACUGCCUGGGGCGCAUCUGCCACCUCCCGGCUGCAGGAGAACCAGCACAAGCCCAGGAGCAUGGCGGCCGCCACCAGGGGCAGCAGCCGCCGCCCCUCAGGAGGGAGGGGGCGGGGGCUGGGGCUGGGAGGCCUCAGGCGGGUCGUGGUGGAAGCGGCGCGAGGUGGCCACUGCGGCCAAAAGCGCCUCCGGGCCGCCCGCCCGCCCGCCCGCCCGCGCCACCGUGGUGCCCACACUCGGCCUUGGCAAGGCAAGUCCAGCCGCCCGCCGGCCCUGUCAGUCCGCCUGCCCUGGCGGGCCGUCUUGCUCUCAGCAGCCUCAAAACACUGCGCGCGCCACCGGCUUCUCGCACACACGCCAAAAGCCGCGCGCCAGCUGCCUGGCUCCCUGCUCCCAGCUCUCUCUGCCCCGAACGCCCCAGCCGGGAGGGCGGCGGAGCUCAGCAAAAGCCGCCGCCGCAUCCCUGCCCCGACGCCCCGUCAGCGGGAGGCUCUGCGCCGCCGCCGGCGCCACCAGCAGCCCACCAGCAACCCCAUCCGCGCCAGCUCUACGCAGCGGCCGGGGUCCACCGGCCCCACCGCCCCGGGGCGGCGCUCCCGCGGCCUUGCGGCCCCCCGGCCGUUCGCUCCCCGCCGCGGCCCGCGAACGCCUCCGCCCUCACCCCCGGGGGGCAACGCGGGGCACGCGGCUUCCAGCAGCCAGCUGGCCAAAGCCCUUCUCCACCGUGCGCUGGGCGAGGCCACUUCCCACGACGACAGGGGGACACGGGAGCCAGCCGCCUGCAGGCGUCACGGCGCUCUGCCGCGCCGCGCCGGUCGCGAGCCUAGGAGCCCACUGAGGCAGCCCCUGUGGGCGGGCGGGCCGCAAGAUCCGGCUAUGGUCGGGCAAGGCCGUGGGGUGGCCAAGGAGGCCGUCGCUCCGCCGUGGCGACCGAGCGCCCGGCGACGACAGAGGGCUCAGGCUGGAGGGCUGCACCGGUAG